AUGGAUCCCUUUGUGGAAGUGAUGACAGCUGCAGCGUUCACCAUAAAAUCCUUCCGAAAACACGACCUGAAACCCAAUACCAUCGCCAUUCUUCCACCUCAAGGCUACCAACCCAAGAGAAACUAUUCCCAGGCCUGUAUGUACUGGCUCCACUAUCUGAUGGAAACGGAUCCCCAUCUGCACCUCCAGCACGCCAGGAAUGGCGGUGAAAAAGAGUUCACGUGUGGAGGGGGUCAACAACGGUACACCGUGGAUGGCUACGAUCCAGCGACAGGCACCCUCUACAAAUUCCUGGGCUGUUUCUGGCAUGGGUGCCAGGUCUGUCACAAGACCCAACGUGGAGAAGCGCAUCCCGUCCUGGGCUCGUCGUUGGGAGCCCGUUACACCGACACCCACUACCGCUUGAGUCUCUUGAGUCAACACCCUGAGGUGAAACGAAUCGUCACCCUGUGGGAGGACGAGUUUACGAAAAUGCAACGGGAGGACUCCGCUCUGCGUGCUUUCUUGCAGGGACCCCACUGUAGUCACGUCCCUGGGCUGCUCAACCCUUGCGACGCCUUCUAUGGAGGACGCACCAAUGCCACGUUAUUAUGCUACGAAGCCCAAGAAGGUGAAACCAUCAAGUACAUCGAUAUUUGUUCCCUUUAUCCCUACAUUUGUAAGACCGGAGCGUUUCCCACGGGACACCCGACCCUUCUCCAUCAACCCCCUGUGGACACGUUGUUUGAACUGAAAGGCCUGAUCCAAUGCCGUGUCCUACCCCCGAAACGACUCUACCAUCCGCUACUGCCUUACAGAUCGGGUGGCAAACUGCUCUGUCCUUUGUGCCGCACGUGUGCCGAUACCCGGUCAGACUCCCCCUGCCAGCACACGGAGAGGUCAUGGGUUGGGGACGUACGCCACCGUAGAACUCCAGGAAGCCGUGAAGAAGUAUGA